AUGGUGCGUGAUAAACAGGUGUGCUUCAAUUGCUUGCGACUUGGUCACCGAAGCGGAGAAUGCAAAUCGAAUAAGACGUGUUCGAAGUGCAAACGGAAGCAUCACACGCUGCUCCAUGUUGAAGGUGGCUCAGUGCUAAGUUCAGGUUCCAGCAAUGCCAAUGCAACAGAUCAGCAGCAGGUUCCAAAGCAAGCGGCGCAGCCAGACAACGCAAAUGUUCCGGGUAGCAGUGCACCUAACACCGUGGCUUCGAAUGUGGUCGAGAAGCCAAUUUCGCAAGUGCUGUUGCUGACUGCAAUGGUAAAUGUUUUGGACAAACAUGGAAAACCGCAAUCAUGUCGCGCUCUUUUGGACAGUGGUUCGCAGGUCAACUUCAUCUCGGAGGCGAUGUUGGAAAAGCUGAAAGUGGAUCGAGAAGAAAUCGACAUUCCAAUCACCGGAAUCAACAGUUUCAGAUCCAGUGUUCGACAACGGGCGAAGGUGGAGGUUCACUCGAAACAUAAUGGUUUCAAGAUGGAGUUGGAUUGCUUGGUCUCGCCGAAGGUAACGGGGAACCUGCUGACCUUUGAGAUUGACGCUGCUACAUGGGACAUUCCCGCUGGAAUCCAGUUGGCAGACCCUACGUUCUUCCGUCCAGGACAAGUGGAUUUGUUAAUUGGAAUGGAAUGGUACGACGAUGUGCUCAAGUCUGGUCGUCCGAAGCUGUCAGAAGAUCUGCCCACGCUCCAAGAUUCGCAAUUUGGCUGGUUGAUGGGUGGAAAAUAUGCUAGUGCUUUUUGUGGAACGACUGUGAACUCUAAUGUGGCAACACCAUCAAGUGACUCUUUAAACGAACUGAUGCAAAAGUUUUGGGAAGUGGAAAGUGUUUCCAGUGAGAAGUGCGUGAUGACUGAAGCUGAACAGUGUGAGCAACAUUUCCAGUCUACGGUUCGUCGGAAUGAAGAUGGUCGAUACGUGGUACAGUUUCCACUUCGGGAAUCAAUCAGUCAGCUUGGAGAUUCGAGACCAAUGGCGCUGAGGAGAUUCUACGCACUGGAGGCAAAAUUGCAGAAAAACCCGGACAUUAGGAAGCAGUACGACGAAUUCGUGGAUGAAUACGAGCAGCAUGGACAUUGCAAGGAAGUGCAUGAAGCGGAAGAUCCUGUUGGUUUGCAGAGAUGGUAUCUACCGCACCACGCGGUACUCAAGUCGUCGAAUACGACUACCAAGUGUCGCGUCGUGUUUGACGCAUCGGCAAAGGUUGGUGGCAUGGCAUUGAACGACGUGAUGAUGGUUGGUCCUACAAUUCAACCUGAUUUGCUGACGAUCAUUUUGAAAUUUCGUAUGUAUCGGUAUGUGCUAAGCGCUGACAUCGCUAAGAUGUAUCGGCAAGUGUUGAAGGACAAGUGUCAUACUCCGCUACAAUGCAUUUUCUACAGAAAGAAGCCCAAAGAGCCACUGCGAGUCUUGGAGCUUCAAACUAUGACGUAUGCGGAGCUGGUGAAGAAGAUGUUCUACGUGGACAACGUACUUAUUGGUGGAAACAAUUUGGUAGAAGUGAGAGGCCUCCAACGAGAGUUGAUUUCGCUACUGCAACGCGGAGGUUUUCAUCUACACAAGUGGGCUGCAAACGGCGAACGACUCCUGGACUCUAUUCCUGAGGAAGAUCGAGAUAAACUGGUGAAGAUUGAAGACUCUAGUGCCAAUGAGGUAAUUAAGACCCUUGGGCUUAUGUGGAAUCCGGUCGGAGAUGAUUUUCUGUUUCGGGCACAAUCUGACUGCAACAAUCCAGCACCGACAAAACGGCAAGUUCUGUCAGUUAUAGCAAGGCUUUUCGAUCCCCUCGGCCUGUUGUCACCAGUAAUCGUUCUCGCAAAGGUGUUGAUGCAGAAGCUGUGGAAGAACAAGAUGGAUUGGGACGAUCGGCUGGAUGAAGAACUACUCGACGACUGGAGAUAUUUUUUGAACGCCCUGCCACUUGCAGAGGAUUUCCGAGUUCCUCGGCGGGUAAUUUCGGAGGAAGCGGCAAGGAUUGAAAUCCAUGGAUUUGCAGACGCGUCAAAUACAGCCUACGGAGCAUGCGUGUACCUUCGGUCGGUGCAUUCCGAUGGUACUGCGAGUUCGAGCUUAGUUACAAGCAAGUCAAAAGUCUGUUCCAUAACGCCUAUGUCCAUCCCGCGCAAGGAGCUGAUGGCAGCUCUACUCCUGCAUCGAUUGGUUAAGAAAGUGGUUGACGCAAUGGAAUUGAAACACGUUCCGGUUACUCUCUGGUCCGACAGCCAGGUGGUCAUUGCGUGGCUAAACAAGCCGUUGGACUGCCUGCAAGUAUUCGUGAGGAAUCGUGUAGCCGAGAUUACAAGCGAAAGUGAACAUGUUUGGAAGUACGUUCGCUCUGCAGACAACCCAGCAGAUAUUGUAUCGCGAGGCAUGCCAGCGAAAGAGCUCGCGACUAGCAACCUAUGGUGGAAUAGACCGUUUUUCUUGUGCAGUGCAGCAUAUGAAGAAGUGAUUCCUGCAGCUCUGGAAAAUGGAGAGAUUCCUGAACUGAAGCCGGCAGUAUCUGUCAACGUAGCAACUGUAUACGAGGAGCUUCCGAUAUUGACAAAGUUUGAGUCAUUUUGGAAGACACAAAGGAUUAUCGCCUACGUUUUAAGGUUCAUCAACAACUGCCGUAAGAUUGGUGAACAAAGCACUGCAACGACGCCCACGAUUUCUGAACUGAAGGAGGCAAACAAGCGGAUCAUCCAAGCGAUCCAGAGGAGCGAACUUCAGGAUGAAAUCAAUCGCCUGCAAGCGGGGGAGCCAUGCAAGAGAAUCGGCAAUCUGAAUCCUUUCAUGGACGACGGAUUACUACGAGUUGGAGGUAGAAUUCGUCACAGCAAACUAGCAUACGAGGUAAAGCAUCAAUGGAUCGUUCCGGACAAGCACCCCGUAACGAGAAGACUCAUCGCAGCGGUACAUAGAGAAAACCUGCAUGCUGGUCCGAGUAGCGUCAUCACAGCCCUAAGAGAGCGCUACUGGAUACUGAACGCCAGAUCGACGGUACGAAAGGUGACGAGAAGUUGCAUCACUUGCUUCAAAUCAAGCCCGAAGCUUGCUGAGCAGUUCAUGGGAGACUUGCCGUCGUAUCGCAUCACCGCUGCACCUACGUUUUUGAAAGUUGGAGUAGACUUCGCUGGACCUAUCUACAGAAAGCAAACCAGCUCCAGUGAAAGGCUACAUAUGCGUAUUUGUCUGUAUGGUUUCGAAGGCAAUGCACUUGGAAGUGGUGGAGAACCUAUCCACUGA